UAUGUUUUUUCAUAUUUGUCAAUGUUCUCACACUUUCAAAGAAUAUAUUAGCUUAGUCACUUACUUUUAUUUUUUUACAAAACAAAGUGUCGGAGUCUUGAAAGUUGAAUCCAUAUUAUUGUAAAUGUACAUAAGAGUUUGUGCUUACAUAUUUAGUGAUUCUUGUAUAUGUGUCCAAGAGAUUAUCAAUGACUUAGUGAUAUAUGUCAUAUAUUUAUGUCAUACAAACCCGGGUUCGAUCCUUUCCUUUGCAUUGUUUUUUCAUUUUUUACGAAAAAAUAAAUGAGAUGACGUGGCAAUUUCGGACUCUCUGAUUGGACGAUUUUUUGUGCCUACGUGGACACUCUAAGAGGAGUUUAUAUCCCCUUUUAGUAUAGUAUAGAUUUCUAUUAGAUCUUAACUAAUCAAAUUACAAUUCUUCACUGUCAUUUCAUGUCGACAGAACACUUGAAACUUAUUUGGUACUAACACAAACGGGCUUUAUUAAAAAUGGGCUGAACUUAUUAGGGGGCCGAUAAUAUACGAGCAUAAAUUAAGCAACGGCCUAUAUUACUAUUUCUACAAGAUUGACUAAUCGAAUGAGAUAAUCAUUAAGGUCACCAUCUUUCAUACUUAAAACUAAAUAAAUAAAACAAUUCCAGUUGACAAUAAAUAAGACAAAAACCAGUUGAUAUAUCUGAAAGGUUUGAAACGAUUUAAAAAUAAUAAUGGCUGUUCGAAAUAUGCAGGGCAUAUACGUUAGAGCUUUUGUCAAAGGGCCUUGUUUUUAAGAAAUAUUUUUUUAUUUAAUUUUUAGAAAUAUUUUCUUAUAUUUAUUCGUGAGAUUGAAGGGAAAUAACACAAGAAUAGGAAUAAUAGAGGAAAAUAAUUAAUAAAUUAAUUUAGUAUCCAAGAAGAACUGGUCUUUUGCUAAUCUCACUCCGUAGUUGUCGUGAUCAAGUGGUUGCUAUAAUAUGCACCGUUGUAGUAUUAAAUUAAUUGAUAUGUCGAUCCAAUUGAACAAAUACAUAAACAACAAAACAGAUAAUUAAUUUAGAAUAUUUGCUGUUUAUAAUAACUAGUUUGUAGACUUGGAACAGAUGAUUUAGAAAGGAUAUAUUUUUAAUAGCCCGCUAAUGGUAGUAAAUUUUAAUUGAAUCUCAGCUUUGAACUCUGACUAAAUCCACUUACUUGAAAGUUGAAACAAGAUAUCACAGCCAAAACUGGUUAUUAGUUUUCUAACAGAGACUAUUCAGCGCCCAAGAUGGACCGGCGAGCCAACAAUAAUUUAUAUGAAAUUAAAUAAAUAGAAAAAAAUAUCUAAGCUUUAGCUAUAAAAGGAGAAUCCAAGAUGCAUCAGAAAUAUACUAAAUCAUUAUAUCCGACGCUACAAAACGGACACACACAAACACAUACUCUCCUUCUCUCACUGCUUCUCAUCAGUGUACGGUGCCUUGAAAGAGAAGAAAGAAACAAUGGGGUUCCCUUUUGAAGAAACCUUAAGCUCUAACCCUAAAACCCAAACUGUUAUUGAUGAUGAUAAUGAGUUGGGUUUGAUGGCCGUGAGACUAGCCAAUGCCGCAGCCUUUCCCAUGGUUCUCAAGGCUGCUCUUGAGCUCGGUGUCUUUGACACUCUCUACGCCGAUGCCGCUCGCACCGACUCGUUCCUCUCACCAUCCGACAUAGCGAGUAGGCUACCAACUACGCCACGUAACCCUGAGGCACCGGUUUUGUUGGACCGGAUGCUUCGUUUACUCGCUAGCUACGCCAUGGUCAAGUGCAAUAAGGUCUCAUCCGUGAAGGGCGAGAGAGCGUAUAGAGCCGAGCCAAUUUGUAGGUUCUUCUUGAAAGAUAAAAUUCAAGAUAUUGGAUCCCUUGCUUCACAAGUCAUCGUUAAUUUUGACAGCGUCUUCCUCAAUACAUGGGCACAAUUGAAAGAUGUGGUGCUAGAAGGAGGAGAUGCAUUUGGCCGAGCACAUGGUGGCAUGAAACUCUUCGACUAUAUGGGAACUGAUGAGAGAUUCAGCAAGCUCUUUAACCAGACAGGAUUCACAAUUGCGGUUGUGAAGAAGGCUCUUGACGUCUAUGAAGGCUUCAAAGAUGUGAAAGUGUUGGUUGAUGUGGGAGGAGGAGUAGGUAACACCCUUGGUGUUGUUACUUCCAAGUAUCCUCAUAUUAAGGGUAUCAACUUUGAUCUGACUUGUGCCUUGGCACAAGCACCCUCUUAUCCUGGGGUGGAACAUGUCCCCGGAGAUAUGUUUGUUGAUGUUCCAACCGGAGAUACCAUGAUUUUGAAACGCAUACUUCAUGAUUGGACAGACGAAGACUGCGUGAAUAUUCUUAAAAAUUGUUGGAAAUCACUACCAAACAACGGUAAAAUUGUUGUCAUAGAAUUAGUCACUCCUGAUGACGCAGAGAAUGGUGACAUCAACGCAAACAUUGCCUUUGAUAUGGAUAUGUUGAUGUUCACACAAUGUUCUGGUGGAAAAGAGAGGUCACGUGCGGAGUUUAAAGCUUUAGCUGCAGCUGCUGGCUUCAACCAGUGCAAAUUCGUUUGCCAGGCAUAUCACUGUUGGAUUAUUGAGUUUUGUAAAGAAGAUGUGUAAAAUAUAAAAUAAAACCUCUUUAAAUGUUAGUUUCAUCUUGGUUCCGAUUCUUUGUUUGUGAUGAUCAUACAUUUGUGUGUAUGUGUAUGUUCAAGAAAUGUGAAAUAAUAAUAAGCUUUUUGUUUUACUC